AUGCGAUUGCCUCUUGAGCGGCCGCUUGCAGUUACUCAUUCGCAACAGCGCGCACUUGUUUUACCCUUCGCCGGUUCGAUUCUCUUUUUUAUUUGAAUUUUUUAUUUCCUUUUUUUUCUUCGAGUUUGUUAUUCAUUGGGUAAAGUUCAGUCGAGAAGAUGGCCAGUAAGGCGGCGGCUCGUGUGAGGAAGAAGGAAAUCGUCAAAGUUGUCCACGGCGCUCUUCUGAGGACAAAUAUCAAGUCAGUUUUUUGAUGACAUUUUCAGAAUCUGUCAUUUUGAGUGUGUUUCAGAGCUCAGAUGGCGUCUGCUGCACCGCCACUUGGUCCACAACUCGGUCAACGAGGAUUGAAUGUCGCGAAUUUUUGUAAAGAGUUCAAUAAGGAGACUGGUCACAUUAAGCAAGGUUAGGAAAAACUGAAAUAUAAUAUUGAAAUUGAGAGUCUUAGGUGUUCCUGUGCCGACAAGAGUCACAGUGAAGCCUGAUCGAACAUACGAUUUGGAAAUUUGCACGCCAACUUCGACGUGGCUAUUGAAACAAGCCGCAGGAGUUGGGCGAGGAAAAGCUUCUAAAGGUUUUUUUCUUUCGAAAAAAAUUAUUUUAAUUAAUUAGAUUUCAGAUGAAAUUGUUGGUCAACUUUCUGUGAAACAUAUUUACGAAAUUGCAAAAUUGAAAGUGAACGAUAAAGCUUUGCAAGGGGUCCCUUUAGAGGUUCGUUUAUAUUUCAGAAUUUGAAAAAGAUUAAUUCAUGCAGGACGUUUGUAAAAUGCUGGUAAAAACGUGUCGAACCAUCGGAAUCCAAGUUCAAAAAGAAGAUCUGGACCCGGUGAAAUUGAAGGAAUUUCUGACGCAACGAAAAGAAACCGUAGAUUUACAACUCAAAGAAUUGGCCGAGAAAAAAGCGGCGAAAAUGUUGAGGACUUCUUGA